AUUCACUUGAUGAGGAUUCGGUAGGAGAAUCUGAGGAAGGAAAAGAGGAUACAAGUGUUCAGAAGUCAUUCAGUUAUGAAGCACUCGUCUAUCCGAACCAUGCUGGUGGAUCAUUUUGUUCUAAUACAAGCGGCAGCAGCAGUGACGAGGAUUUAGUCCACUACAGCCAUCAUAUUUCAGACACAAAGCACAAGUACCCUGAGGAUAAAACUGCAGCAAAUCAAUCUACAGAGCAGAGUUCAAAACAUGGUCUUCUUUCCUGGAGGAAGAGGAAGUUGAGUUUCAAAUAUCCUAAAACCAAGGGGGAUCCAUUGUUGAAGAAACAUUAUGGAGCGGAUGGUGCAGACGAUAUAGGCUUUGAUCGCCGACAGCUUUGCUCAUCUGACGAGUCUUCUUCUAGGGGGCACAAAUCCGAGGAAACUUCUCCGAUUUCAGUCUCUGAGUUUGGAGAUGAAAGUUUUGCUGUGGGUAGUUGGGAGCAGAAAGAAAUAAUAAGCCGUGAUGGACAAAUGAAGCUGCAGACUCAGAUCUUCUUUGCUUCGAUUGAUCAACGAAGUGAACGAGCUGCUGGUGAAAGCGCUUGUACAGCCUUGGUUGCUGUCAUAGCUGAUUGGUUCCACUGCAAUCCUGAAGAUAUGCCCAUCAAGUCCCAACUUGAUUCUCUUAUCUGUGAAGGCUCGAUGCAGUGGAGGGAUCUUUGUGAAAACGAGACCUAUAGGGAACGUUUCCCAGAUAAGCAUUUUGACCUCGAGACAGUUCUCGAGGCUAAAGUGCGUCCACUCUCAGUAGUCUCAGAAAAAUCAUUCAUUGGCUUCUUUCAUCCCGAAGGAAUCGAAGAAGAGGAAGGAUUCCACUUCCUUCAUGGUUCCAUGUCUUUUGACAACAUAUGGGACGAGAUUUCUAAGUCCGCUCAAGAAACUCCUCGUCAUGGUGACUCCUGUGUUUACAUU